GUCUGACAGCGCUCUGCAAAGGCCGCAGUGGACCACACCGAGAGGAUCUUCACUCAGCUCAUCUGCUGGAUUGAGAGAAGCCGCUCGGAGCUCACGCAGAUGAUCAGAGAUGGAGAAAAGACUGCAGUGAGUGGAGCUGAAGAACGACUGGAGCGACUGGAGCAGGAGAUCAAUGAUCUGAGGGGGAGAAACGCUGAGCUGGAGCAGCUUUCACACACAGAAGAUCACAUCCAUUUCCUCCAGAGUUUGCAGUCUCUCUCUGUCCCUCCUGGAUCUACAGACUCAUCCAGCUUUAUUAGCAGCUCGCAGCUCGCUUUUGAUCAACUUGCUGAAUCUGUGUCUCGUCUGAGAGACAAACUGCAGCAGUUCUGCACUGAGGAGAUAGAAAUGAUAUCUAGUCGAGUGAGAACCAUUAGCACUAUUCCCACUCCUCAACCACAGACCCGUGAGCAGUUCCUCCAGUAUUCUCAACAGUUCACUUUGGAUCCAAACACAGCGCAUAACAGGCUGGUUCUGUCUGAAGGAAACACAGCGGUGGAAUAUAAACGUUCAGUCCAGCCGUAUCCUGAUCAUCCAGACAGAUUUGAUGUUUGGCCUCAGGUGUUGUGUAGAGAGAGUGUGUGUGGACGCUCUUACUGGGAGCUGGAGUGGAGCAGAGCAAGUGUGUUAAUAUCAGUGUCAUAUAAGAGCAUCAGCAGGAAGGGUUCGGGUAAUGAGUGUGGAUUUGGACGCAAUGAUCAGUCCUGGAGUUUGGAGUACUCUUCUCACAGUUUCUCAUUCUAUCAUAAUAACAUAAAGACUGAUCUCCCUAAACCCUCCGUCAGCUCCUCUAGAAUAGGAGUGUAUGUGGAUCACAGUGCAGGAACUCUGUCCUUCUACAGCGUCUCUGACACAACAAUGAGCCUCAUACACACACUCCACACCACAUUCACACACACACUCUAUCCUGGAUUCUGGGUUUGUUCAAGACUGAAGCUCUGUGAUCUGACAGUCUAGAUUUCAAGAUGUCUGAAUCAGUCAUCACUGCAUUCUAGUUUAUAAUGGCCUGUUUCCUGCUAGACAGUUGAUAGGGGGUUCUGGAUUGGUUGCUAGGUGGUUGCUAAGGCGCUGCUAGAUAGUUGUUAAGC